CCCAUGGACCAGGCUUCUCUUAAAAAUAGCGAUGUUCUCAUCCUGACGGGUCUUACGCAAAUCCCUACUGCUAACCCAGAUGGCAUGGUAGGAGAGUUCUGCAGCAACUUGGCUAUGACUGUCCGGAAUGGAGGAAAUGUGCUGGUUCCCUGUUACCCCUCCGGAGUAAUAUACGAUCUGCUGGAGUGCCUGUAUCAGUAUAUUGACUCUGCUGGGCUCUCCAAUGUCCCUUUUUAUUUCAUCUCGCCUGUUGCCAACAGCUCCCUCGAGUUUUCCCAGAUCUUUGCUGAAUGGUUGUGUCAUAACAAACAAACAAAGGUGUAUCUUCCAGAACCUCCUUUUCCCCAUGCUGAGCUCAUUCAGACAAACAAGUUGAAACAUUAUCCCAGCAUCCAUGGAGACUUCAGCAAUGACUUCAAGCAGCCAUGUGUUGUGUUCACUGGACAUCCGUCUCUUAGAUUUGGGGACGUGGUUCACUUCAUGGAGUUGUGGGGAAAAUCUAGCUUGAACACUGUUAUAUUCACAGAACCAGAUUUCUCUUAUCUGGAUGCCCUGGCUCCUUAUCAACCUUUGGCGAUGAAAUGUGUUUACUGUCCCAUUGACACAAGACUGAAUUUUAUUCAAGUGUCUAAGUUGCUCAAAGAAGUCCAGCCUCUCCAUGUAGUUUGCCCGGAGCAGUACACUCAGCCACCACCCACCCAGUCUCAUCGCACAGAUCUGAUGAUAGACUGCCAGCCCCCGCCGAUGUCCUACCGCAGAGCAGAGGUGCUGACUCUUCCGUACAAACGGCGCUACGAGAAGAUUGAAAUCAUGCCAGAACUUGCAGAUUCGCUUGUGCCCUCGGAGAUUAAGCCUGGUAUUUCCUUAGCAACAGUUUCUGCGGUGUUGCAUACUAAAGACAACAAGCACGUGCUGCAGCUCCCUCCAAAGCCUCCACAGCCUCCCGCCAGCAAGAAGAGAAAGCGAGUGAGCGAUGAUGUGCCAGAGUGUAAACCUUUGAAGCCCUUGCUGAGCGGCUCCAUUCCUGUGGACCAGUUUGUGCAGACGCUUGAGAAGCAUGGUUUCAGUGACGUGAAGGUGGAGGACACCGCCAAGGGCCACAUCGUCCUCCUCCAGGAGGCAGAAACCCUCAUUCAGAUUGAGGAGGACUCCACACACAUCAUCUGCGACAACGAUGAACCUCUGAGGGUGAAACUGCGUGACCUGGUUCUCAAAUUCCUGCAGAAAUUUUAGCUCGUGGACAUCGUGCUGCUCUGCAAGGAGACACACCAGAGCGAAGAGCUUUCCAGAGGAUGCAUCCAGGGAGAGACAGAAUUUCCUGAUUCAGAGAGACCAGAAACCACCUUUCUUUUCAUAGAGAAGCAAGGAAGUAUUUUUUAAUAUCUAUAUAUAUUUUUUAAAUUUUAUUUUUAAUGAGUUUUUGAAUACUUUUUGGACAGGGUUCUUGUGCUGUAAAAUUGAGAGUUGGAAUCUUAUAGGAGAUACAAACUGCAGAGUACAUAGAGUGUAUAUUUACCAGGU